AUGCGGUCUUUCUUAGCUUUAGGGGCUAAUGUGGCCGUGGUGCUAGCAGCUUCAACUCCAACUACCAAAGAGGCCUCAAAAAGUGACACUGUCGAGCCAUGCGCCCAAGUCAGCAGCUUAUGGGCCGCUCAGAUUGGAGCCACUGCCACACCAACUGUGGCCGCCUCUCUCGCUCAUGCGUGCCUGAACACGAUUCCCCUCCACAAAGAACCGGGCAUCGAGUUGAUUGACGCUUUGGAGCCGUAUCUGAAGUGGCAGUCGGACUCGGCAUACCUGGCAGACCCGCCCGCCGAUUACUUCUACCCGCCUCACGACAUCUUCAAGGCAUUGGCCGGCGUCAGGGCCGAUCUCGUGGCGGACAAGUAUACCAACGAAUACGAGUUUCAGGAGGAUCUCUAUGCUCGGGUCUGGGGGCCGGCGCAUGAUGGGCACUUUGUGUUUUAUCCGGAUGCGUUGACCAUCGCAUUUGAGUGGACACGCCCGAAGCCCAUUGUAUCAAUCAGCGAGAAUGGAAAGGAUUUGCCCGUGAUUAAGCUCUAUGAGGAUGUCAUUAGGGACCCAAAGACAGCGCCCGUAAUCACAAAGAUCAACGGGGUCGAGGCCUCCAAGUUCGUCCUUGACACCGUCACAACGGCCUCUUUCAAUCAGGAUGCAGAUGCUGCCUACAACUCCAUGUUUUACUCGAAAGGAUUCACAGCGGCUUCUGGAGGCAGUAAAGGCUACUUUUCGAGCGGUGGCCGCGUCCGAUACAUCUACCAGGGCCCAAACACGACAUUUACCUUCAACAACGGAACCAGCGCAACCUUUGAGAACACCGCGUCGGUCAAGGCGAAUUUCACGGGCAUCGUGGACGGCCCGUCCUAUUUCAGUAACCUUUGCGUUCUCACUAUUGAUGGCGAGCCCAGAGAGGAACCUCUUGCUGCUAUCAGCGCGGGAGCCCAGUCGGGCCAGGUCCCGGGAUACCCAGCGCCGGUUCUGGCGACUGACGACGGUACUGUGUCUGGCUACUUUCUCGAAGGCGAGGGCUUUGACGAUGUCGCCGUCCUCUCUCUCCUCUCUUUUGAACCCAGCUCCGCGAUCCAAUUUCAGGCCGUUAUCCAAAACUUCUUUGCAGAAGCAGUAACCGCCGGGAAGACGAAGCUCGUUAUCGAUUUCCAGGGCAACGGUGGAGGUCUCAUAGGACUGGGCUACGACCUUUACGGCCAACUCUUCCCUCACAUCCGAGCGGAUGGCUUCUCGCGAUGGAAGCUCAGCCCGGAGUUUGAGACCAUGGCCCAUGUCUACAGCAACGCCUCCAAGCACGUGAAUCCCUACACCGAUAACCGUUUCCUGGAGAUUGAGGCAUAUCUGACGGAACUGAAUUGGCGCUUUGACUUGAACGAGAAAGAGAAGCCCUUUACCAGUUUUGCAGACAAGUUUGCGCCAAGAGUGUUCAAGGAUACACCCUACACGGCUCUCACGCGGUGGAACUGGAGCGAUCCUCUCAUCUCGACAAACACCACAUUCGGCUUUGGCCUUGAGAUUUCAGGAUACGGAACCCGCGCAAAUCUCUCUCAGCCAUUCCUGCCGGAAAACAUUGUCCUGCUCUACGACGGUGCCUGCGCCUCGACUUGCACCAUUGCAUCCGAAUCCCUCCGACUCAACGGAGGCGUCAAGUCUGUUGCUUUCGGUGGCCGGCCAAAAAAGGGCCCGAUCCAGGGCGUCGGCGGAGUCAAGGGCUCGCAGAUCUAUCAGCUCACCGACGUCUUCGUGCUCGCCGAAGAUGGAACAUUCCUUGGCACCAACGCAGCGAACGAGGCGGUGCUGCAAAACGUUUCGAGCCUGCCGAUUGCGCGGAGCACGGCGGGAUCGAUGAAUGUGCGAGACCAGAUAAUCCGAACGAACCUGGAGGAUGGUCUUCCGGCGCAAUUUGUUGUUGAACAUGCUGAUUGUCGGCUUUAUUGGACAGCGCCCAUGGUUACGGAUAUCACUGAGGUCUGGAAGGCUGCUGCCGGCGCGGCCUUUAACAACGCCAAGUGUGCAAACGGUGGCAUCAAGUAUAAAGCUCCGAAGGCUCAUGUGCGGCCUGCUGCCAACCCGAAGCUGCCCAUGGUUAAUGAAAGCCCCAAGACUGGGGAUUCACAACGCUCGGGGCUGUGGAAUGCAAGGUAUCGUCUCCGUACGACAGCCUAA